GCAACGCAAAAUCUCCGGUCUCUCUUUCUAUCAAUGAUCAUUUCUAUUCUGAGGUUUUGAUUGAAUCGUUCGUCUUAGUUCCCGAGUGCCGGCAAAUUUACUUCACUUCAGAGCAGUCUGGGUUUUGCAGUGAAAACCACCAGAACAACCAAAGCAUUUUGAGUUCAAAAGUAAAAAUGUCCGGUGUAACUCUUGCUGUGGCUCCUAGAAGUGAGCCAGACAAAACCAUAGCACCAGGGGAAAAACUCGAACAUAAACCUCUUCGCCAGCAGCAGCAACAAUCAGUGGCGGGCGGUCUAAUGGGAUCAUUGCGUGUGAUUGAGCUCCAACUAGUAGCUUUCAUUAUGGUUUUUUCAAUUAGUGGCCUUGUCCCACUCCUUGAUUUGGUCUUCCCAGCUUUUGCCUCGACUUAUAUAAUCGCCCUUUCACUCUUUGCCUUCCCAUCCCACGGUCGCAUAUCCACUGGCUCGCAAGAGAUUUUCCAAGGCAGCAAACUCUUUAGGCUCUAUGUGAUUCUUGGAACUACCAUAGGGCUUUUCUUGCCACUGGCAUAUGUCCUGGGCGGCUUUGCGAGGGGUGAUAAGCAUGCUGUUCGAUCAGCUACGCCUCACUUGUUCUUGCUUUCAUUUCAAAUACUAACAGAAAAUGUGAUAAGCGGGCUGUCUUUAUUUUCACCGCCGGUGAGGGCACUUGUUCCUGUACUAUAUACGGUGAGGAGGAUUUUUAUUAUCAUUGACUGGAUGCAUGAUGUUUGGCUCAACAAAACUCUGCCUGCAAAUGCACAACUCAAGGACAUUGCAUGGGAUUGGUUUGGGAAGGGCCUGGCAGCUGCAAAUCUAUUUUACUUCUCUAUCAAUCUCUUGUGCUUUUUGAUUCCUCGAUUCCUGCCUCGGGCAUUUGAGAGGUACUUUAGGGAAAGGGAUGAGGUCGAUGCUAAGAUGUCAGAGGACAAGCGUUCCACGGCAGCAAAAAAGUCCCAGGCAACAGAUAAGAAAGUCGAUUGAGACGGUUGAAUCUGUUCUCGUGUGUUCAAACAGCUAGUAUUGAAAAGCAAUUGUAUUCCUUUUUCUGCUGCAGCUAAAGAGUCGUCCACUUUCUAGACUUUUGACAAUGACAAUUAAUGUUUAGACUUGUCUCGCUUAUUUGGUUAUCUACCUUGGAUC